AUGAUGAAUACCACAGGGCUGUCUGUCCGUCUGUCCAAGCGGGCUGCUCUCCCCGCAUUCCGCGGUCAGAGACACUUUAGCUCCUCACGCCUGUCUCUGCGGGAGAUCCAAGAGGCAUAUAUUCUCAGUGCCGCCCGGACGCCCACGGCCAAGUUCAAUGGUUCUUUUGCCUCGGUUUCGGCUCCACAGCUCGGCGCCGUCGCCAUCAAGUCAGCCCUAAGCAAGAGUAAUGUCCCUGUUGAUAAGGUGACUGAUGUUUAUAUGGGAAAUGUUCUACAGGGGUCGGUCGGCCAAGCUCCCGCUCGCCAGGCGUCCAUUUUCGCUGGAUUGCCUUCCACCGUUGAGGCCAUGACGGUGAACAAAGUGUGUGCGUCCGGUCUGAAAGCCGUUGCAUUGGCCGCGCAGAAUAUCCAACUGGGCCUGGCUGAGGCACAGGUCGCUGGCGGUAUGGAGAACAUGACCCGCGUGCCUUACUACAUGCCACGGUCGAGUCAGCUGCCCCCGUUUGGCGAGAUCAAAUUGGAGGAUGGCCUCAUCAAGGAUGGUCUCUGGGACGUUUACAACCAGUUCCAUAUGGGUAUCUGCGCCGAGCAGACGGCGAAGAAGUACGAGGUCUCGCGAGAAGAUCAGGACCAGUACGCCAUCCGCUCUUAUGAGCGUGCUCAGGCGGCCUGGAACGAGAACAAAUUCGCAGACGAGAUUGCCCCCGUCACCGUCAAGGGCAAAAAGGGCGACACGGUCAUCGAGCGCGAUGAAGGAUUUGAGAACUUGCGCGCCGACAAGCUGACCACGCUGAAACCCGCCUUCCUACGAGAUGGCACCGGUACCGUCACCGCAGGCAAUGCGUCUACCAUGAAUGACGGCGCAUCGGCGCUGGUCCUCGCCAACAAAGAAAUUGCGAGAGAGUUCGGUACAGGUGGCCGUGCUCUAGCUCGCAUUGUGUCAUCCGCUGAUGCGGCCAUUGAUCCUGUUGACUUCCCCGUGGCCCCUGCCAAGGCUGUGCCCAUCGCUUUGGAGCGUGCCGGCAUCACCAAGGAUCAAGUCGCUGUCUGGGAGUUUAACGAGGCCUUCGCAGCUGUCAUCAAAGCCAAUGAAAAGAUUCUUGGUCUCCAGGACGCCAAGGUCAACAUGCUUGGUGGUGCCAUUUCCCUUGGCCACGCCCUUGGUAGCUCUGGCUCUCGUAUCCUCGUCACUCUACUUCACCAACUGCAGCCCGGCGAGUACGGCGUGGCUGCCAUCUGCAACGGUGGUGGUGCAGCGAGCGCUAUGGUUGUACAGAAGUUAGACCGCGUGGAGUAA